AUGGUGGUGCAUGCCUAUGAUGCUGAUAGAGCACAAAAGGCUUUUGAAGCUGUGGACAAAGCUUACAAGUUGCUACUGGAUCAGGAACAUAAGAAGAGGGCCCUGGAUGUAAUUCAGGCAGGAAAAGAAUACGUGAAACACACUGUAAAAGAGCGGAAAAAAACAAAGAAGGAAGGAAAACCUACAAAUGUAGAGGAAGAUGAUCCUGAGCUGUUCAAACAAGCAGUAUAUAAACAGACCAUGAAACUCUUUGCUGAGCUGGAAAUUAAAAGAAAAGAGAGAGAAGCCAAAGAGAUGCAUGAAAGGAAACGACAAAGGGAAGAGGAAAUUGAAGCUCAAGAAAAAGCCAAACGAGAAAGGGAAUGGCAGAAAAACUUUGAGGAAAGUCGAGAUGGUCGGGUGGACAGCUGGCGAAACUUCCAAGCAAAUACAAAGGGGAAGAAAGAGAAGAAAAAUCGGACCUUCCUGAGACCACCGAAAGUAAAAAUGGAGCAGCGUGAGUGACCCUCCUGGGUCACAGCCACAGAAGCUUCCCCCAGCUCUCUCCUUCCUGCUCUGAAGGACUCAUUCUUUUCCUCCCACCUCCACCCCAACAUAGAAUAGUUUUGCUUUUUAGUCCAUUUUGUUUUCAAUACAAUUUAAUAUCGAUCAGAGUAAUUCUUUUGUACAUUGAAAUGAGGGGCUCUGUUUAAAAAAGACUCCCCCCACCCGUUACCCUUAGAACAACCAGGAUUGGAAGGUGCCACCAUUGGUGCUGCCUUCUUUCCCACAGCCUGUAACUUAAUGUUUUGUACUUCACUGAAUUGUGAUGGUUAGAAACUCCAUAGUUUGUGGAAAUCAUCCAAUUAAACAUAUUGCUUACA